UAAAAUCGCUUGAAUUUUUAUUUUUAUUUGAGGACAUUCGAACAAUAUUUAUUGUGGUAGUGUGUUUAAAAUAUUAGGAGCUGUUAGCCUAUAUAGCCGAUACAUUUGUCUGUUUAUUUUUUUACAUUGUCAGCUGAAAAUAAAAUGGAUAAAUGUAUACUUUAUCCUAUUGUUUUAUUGAUCGUGGUAUUGAACAGACAUUACGUCCACUCACAAAAUUCAAAUAAUUUCGUGAAUACCACAUCUUUACCAAUUACGAUGAAAACAACGACAUCAGCUCCUGCCACUUGUCCUUGGUCAUGUGAAGUAACCUCUUCAGCGUCAUCUUGCGGAAGAACGUGGAAACCCGUUAAAAAGAUUGCUGGAGGAAAGCAAGUUGAAAGAAACUCUUGGCCAUGGAUGGCAGCGAUAUGGUCGGGAGGAAAGCUUCAAUGCGGAGCAACUCUCAUCUGCCGAUCAUGGGUUCUUACAGCAGCGCAUUGUUUUCUUAAUACAAACAACACUGCAAUUGAUCUUUCAAUUGCAAGAACCUUAUUCAUAGGAAGAUAUGUGAAAACGGGAUACCACAAAACAGUUCGGAUAUUUGCACUCAAUGAAAGCAUGGUCACAAUACACGAAAAUUAUCACUUGAAGAGACGAACGAAUGACAUUGCACUUAUAAAACUUCCAAAACCAAUGAAACUAACACCAAAGAUUCGUCCUAUAUGUCUGCCACAAUUUGGGGUGAGUGCACCAAAACCAGGAACAAAAUGCCGAGUAGCAGGUUGGGGAGACACUAUGGGGAACAAAUAUUUCCUGAAAUUUUAUACAGGCAUGGGCCCAACUAACUACAGAUUAAAAGAAGCAACAGUUCCAAUAGUCUCGCCAAACAUUUGUAAGUUUGCUUAUUUUUUUUCACAAACUCAAAUGAUUUUGUGUGCGGGAGGAGAACUGGGACAAGAUACGUGCACGGGUGAUUCAGGUGGUCCUUUAAUAUGCGAGUCACCCACCGCGCCAGGACAGUGGCAGUUACAAGGUAUCAUAAGUUUUGGCGCCGCAAAGUGUGGGACAGAGAAGCUACCGGGUAUAUACACGCAGGUCUCGUAUUAUCUAUUUUGGAUUUAUGGCGUGAUAGAUAAAAACUGCGAAAACUGGAGAAAACAGUGACGUACAAUUUGCCACGGAAACGAGAGAUCAUGUUGUCUCUAUAACAGUUUGUUGUGAACCCGUCAACUCAUGAAUAUUUCAAGUCGUAAUGUCAUUAAUUUUGCCUACAAGUGCUAGUAUUG